UGUUAUCCUCGCUUUGUUACAUUCCUGUUCGGAAAACUUAAAACGAAGGUUUUUCCCACCGGCAGCAUGUCCAGUGAAGAUACGUUAGUCGCGCCCGCCUUCACAGAAUUGGUCGACGAAAGUUCACGCAACAAAACGAACGUAAAGUGCGAACGAUGCGGUUCCUUGAUGCUGAAACCGGCAAACGCAGACUACACGGACAUUGAAUAUGAUCUCCCGGAAGCGCGGCAGAAAAAGGAAACGACGGCACAGAACGACGAGGGUUUCGCGUGCCAAAAACUGAAACACUUUUGGAUGGUCAAGGAUAUGUACAUUUUCGAAAACAUCGGAUUCAGCAACACGGUCAACAACAAGAAGUACUUGAUAUGCGCCGACUGUGAAGUAGGGCCCGUUGGGUAUUAUGAUUUAGCCACGAAGCAAUGCUAUGUGGCCCUCGAACGGGUGAAACACGAAUAAGCGGCACCGACACGGUCGUUUUGGGGUGUAGCGCAAACUGGCAUGACAAGUGUUUAAUAAAAUGUUCUUAACUCCCACGAUCAGAGGUACUUUCCAGGGAGGGCCACUAUAUUUUUCUCAAUUGUUCAAUAGGCAAUUGUUUUCGUUUUGUAAAUAGUCAAUUAUCGUUUUAUGCUGGGUGGCUUUUGUGAGGAACAUCUGAAAGAGGCUAAUAACAUCACUGGGUUUUUCGUCGGACAAAGUAAUUCUUCAAUAAGAGCUGAUUUGAGCUUAAAAAACUUUAAUAUUUCAAAACAUAUUCGUAACCAAAUUAGAAAAACAAAUCGAAUUCAAAGCGAUAAAAGCUUCAGUAACGAUGAUAUGAACCGCAAAGCUUGGAAAGGUAAUAAAAACCGGAAGGGUAUAAUCCACGACGGCAGAUCGGGGUAUUCGGGGGAAGAUCGAUAGUAUGUUCACAGAGACCCUCGGUAGGGUCGAGAAGAGGUCCAAGACUCAUAUAAUACACAUUUAAUACACAAUCUAUUUACGUAGAGUCCUUUCAUAUCGAUUGGGUGUGAUUGUGGGGGUUAUUCUUCCUAUGAACAGCUGAAAAGAAAGCUAAACAAUA